AUGGCUGAACAUCCAGGAAGCGCUCUAGAGCUUCCUCCACAGGAAAUAGGUUCGCAAGAAAACAUGCAGCAAGGCUUUGUCACUUCAGAAGUCGAGGCCGCUGACCUUUGCAGAUCGAGUGGACAGUGUCACGUCUUGUUUCCCCCGUGCAAUCCAUGCAAUGAAGGAAUCCGGAAAGCAGUUCAGCUGCCACACGCACAGUCGCACAGACACAUAUUUAUGAACAUGAGCUGGAAUAUAUGUAAGAUGUUUUUUCAACUACUUUCAAGUACUAGACUAUAUACUGUACAUAUAUGUGUAUCCAUGUUUACAUGUCCAUGCGAAUACAUAAACAUUUAA